UCGGCGUACGGGGUCCCCUUCCCGGUGCCGGCGUACCAGCACUCCGUGUUCUUUGACUUUGCGGGCAACCUGAUCGGGAUCCUCGCCAUCUUUUCGCUCCUCGUCCCCCUCUCCUCGCUCCUCCGCUCAGUCGUCCUCGAGCGAGAGCAGCGGCUCAAGGAGCAGCUCCUGAUCAUGGGCACGGCGCCACCCGCCUACUACACCUCCCUGCUCGCAACCUCCGCCGCCGCCUUCCUCCUCAUCUCCGCCGUCUGCGCCGCCGAGAUCGGCCUCUCCUGCUACACGCACUCGGACGGCGCGCUCGUCCUGCUGCUCUUUCUCCUGUUCGGGCUCGCCACGCUCGCCUUCACGCUGGCGAUGGCGCCGCUCUUCUCGAACGCGCGCCUCGCCGCGCUGGUUGGCCCUCUGCUCUACUUCCUCUCGUCGCAGCUCUACUCCUUCUUCCUCGAGGGCGGCGAGCUGUCCGACGGGCAGGCGCUCGCGUCGCUGCUGCCCGCGAUGGCCUUCUACCUCGGCGCGUCGCAGACGGGCGCCUGCAGGAGGCGCCUCGCCGGGACGUGCGCGUCGCAGAUGGCGCAGUACGAGGGGUCGCAGCAGGGCGUGACGUGGGGCAGCGUGCACGAGGGCCCCUUCCCCCUCUCCGCCUCGCUCGCCUUUCUCGCGCUCGACACGCUCCUCUACCUCGCCCUCGCCUACUACCUCGACGCCGUCCUCGCGAACGGCGCGCGCGACGACGCGCCGGUGGUUGAGCCGCUCGCCGCGCCGCUCUCCGACCGCGGCGUGGUGGUGCGCUCGCUGCGCAAGGAGUACCCGCGCGGCGUGGCGGUGGAGGGGCUCUCGCUGCAGCUUCCGCCCGACGCCAUCACCUGCCUGCUCGGCUCCAACGGCGCCGGCAAGACGACCACCAUCUCGAUGCUGACUGGGCUGGUCCCGCCCACCGCCGGCGACGCGACCAUCGACGGCCGCUCGCUCUCGGCCGAGCUGCGCGCCAUCCGCACGUCGAUCGGCGUCUGCCAGCAGGUGAACACCAUCUGGGAGGAGCUCUCGCCGACGCAGCACCUCACGCUCUUCGGCCGGCUGCGAGGGCUGAGCGGCGGCGACCUCGCCGCCGAGGUCGCGCGCGCCCUGCAGCGGGUCGGGCUGCAGGAGCGGGCCAGCGUGCGGGCGGGGGCGCUCUCCGGCGGCCAGAAGCGCAAGCUGUGCCUCGCCGUCGCGCUGCUCGGCGGCUCUCGCACCCUCUUCCUCGACGAGCCGACCUCGGGCAUGGACCCGCACUCUCGCCGCGCCAUCUGGGCGCUGCUGCGCGAGCAGCGGCAGGGCCGGACGGUCGUGCUGACGACGCACUUCCUCGACGAGGCGAUGCGCUCCUAG